AUGGCAUCUCCUAUGAAAAUUAUCAAUUUUUCUCUUGGUACAGAAAAAUUUAGAUAUAAAUUUUCAUGUAAUGCGUCGCGAAAUUUAAUUGAUGAUACAAUUCGCGAUGAAUUCAAUUUAGCGAAUAAUGUUAUAUAUUUCUUGAUCGAUACGCGAGAUAAUACCUUCGUUGACAUAUCGUCAUUACGCUAUCUUGAUGAUGAAUCAAAUAUUAUUGUAAAAAUACGAGAUGAAAAAAAGUUAAAAACAAACAGUUGUACUGACAUGCAAAAUGGAACUUCUUCUAAAAAUCGACAUGUUCAUGGUGGAAACCAUUCAGCUGGAAGCAUGCUCUUAAGUGAUAAAAAUGAAAAGUUAAUCAUCUCAGAUUUAUCAUCGAGUAGUUCAACAAGUGAGAGUGACGCAAGAUCAACAUUACAUUAUAAAAACACGGUCUUGACAACCGGCGUAUUGAAGAUAAACGAAGCACAAAAACGUCGGGAAUUAAAACUCAUGUGUAACAAAAAAAUAUGUUAUUUUAUUGAAAAAUAUGCAAAAGUUGAUCGAGUUGAUAGUGUUCGCCUGAAGAAGGAAAUAUUAUGUAACCUGGAUCUUCAAAUACAUGAUUUAUACAAUUUAUUAAAGUUUAUAAGGAACAAAAUGGAUUUGCCAUCUUUAGAAUUAACUAAAGAUAAUUUGAUUAAUGUUCUUUUUCGCAUUUACCAUAAUAAUUAUCUGGAGAAUGAUUGUAUUACAACGACAGAAAAUGAUGAUCAUCAAAUACAAUCAUAA